UUGUUGCCCCAAUGGACGUUGACCUCGUCCAAUAUUGGCUUUUGCCAUUUCCCUAUAGUUUGCAGAGGACACGCGCCGGAGCCAUGGACAUAAACGUGGUAAAUGCUCUAACAUACGAGGAUUUUGUGAAACUAUUCGGUAAUGUGGUUGAGAAAUGCCCCCUCAUUUCGGCUGCAAUAUGGUCCCACCGGCCAUUCAAAGAUCUAGCAGACAUCGAGGCUCACAUAACGGAAUUCAUUAUCCGUCUACCAGACUCGGGUAAAGCGGGCAUUUUGCGGUGUCACCCUGAUUUGGCGGGCCGGGACCUCCAGAGCGGGACACUAACACGCGAGUCUCAAGAAGAGCAGAGUCGAGCCGGUAUGACCACACUGGACUCCGCAGAGGUUCUGCAAAUGUACCGUCUAAACUCGGAGUACAAGGAGCGCUUUGGCUUCCCUUUUGUCAUCUGUGCCCGUCUCAACAAAAAAGCAGAUAUUGUGGGCCAACUGUCUGAACGCUUGAAGAAUGACCGCGCAGCGGAACGAGAGCGCGCGAUUGAAGAGGUUAAAAAAAUCUGUAGCCUCAGGUUACGCAAUAUUGUCUUAUCUGACAUUCAAACCAAACUGUAACAAGUUACCGUUACAAAUUUUUUUUACUGCAUCUACUUGAUUGUAUAGCCUAUUUCUUUAAAAAAUUGGCUAAUCCACACAUAGAAAAUAAGAAGGCCUAUAUGCCGAAUUGACCCAUAUGAAGUAGCCGUUUGUUCUAAAAACGUAAACCCAUUAAGUUAUGCAAACGUUAUUUUCGAAUGCCUUCUGAACAUUUAAAACGUCCAGGUUUUUAAAUGUUUGAAAAACGUUUUUCUGUGUUAUGUGAACGUUAGGGGAAACAUUAAAAUAAAGGCACGUUCUAUUUGAUCAUUUAGCAAAAGUAAUGGGAAAAUUACGUUUGAAUGUC